UCCUGUCUUCGCACGAGGUACUGCCUCUCUUUAUGAGAACAAAACAAGCGCACUACUCACGUUUUAACGAAUCUGCUUUUCUGGAAGUCAAUGUGUUCGCUCACACAAUUGGUGGGGAUGAAAGUGUGAUCACUGCAUUGAACUCCAUUACGGCAUCCAGAGAUAAUCCAAGUCGACAUCAUGGUGCCAGCAGUUCACAUUCCCCAAGAACGGAAGCAGUGAGUGGGGGAGUCGGAACAUCCUGCUGCUACGUUGUUUUUACUUGGUGACUUGCCGGAGAUUAUAACCCUCGAUCACUGCAAGUCACCGCCAGAAAUCACACAAACACGGAGUCGGCUAAUAAAUAUGCUCAGAUCCAGCAGAUCUGCACGCCCAUGCUCUUCAGUGAGGAGGAGAAACUUCGAGCUGGAGGCCAAUUCAUCCUACAGGAGUACUAUAGCCUGUCCUUUUCUGGUUGUCCCCAUGAAUGACUACAUCUCCGAUCUGAUCGUUUGAGAACGAGAUCAGAAUAGUUGCAACGAGGUAAAAGUCGUUCCGUGUCCAAUCAUCUCUUAUCAGUUCCUCUGUCCAAUAGCAUUUCAAGUCUUCCUUGAAGCGAUAAAGAGAGAGAGCGAGCGAGCGAGCUCAAUCGUUAGUUCAUCAUACUUCGAUCCAUGAGCAGCAGGGUGAUUUCCAGGUAGAACGUCCGCCGCAGGCGAUACAGAAGAUGGGGUAUCAUAAGAUCUUGGCGAAGAAACUGGGGCAGAUGGAGGCGAGGAAGCUCGGGUUGCCUUUGCUUCUAGGAUUCUGCGUCGGAGUAUUGACCUGUGUCGUCGUCAUGUCAGUAUCCACAAUCGAACAGCAGUUAUCCCUGUUCUACGGAGUUUGGGUUCAUCCUGCAGAAGAAAUUAGUCGUGAUCCACAGAUAUCAGGAAUUAGCCCAAACAGUAGCGUGGUCGUCAGAACCAAGCAGAACUCGCCAUCAACCAUGUUAAACAAUGCUGCUUCUACGGGACUGAUUCAGCAGAACACUCUGCGGUUGGAGCAUGGAAAAGGGGCGGAGAGAGAUCGAGGAAAAGAUGCCGACGAGAGGGUCCAACGCCACAGUUCAUCCACCACGAAGUUGUCAAGUCCAAAAGUAGAAAUAAUUGAAUCUAAACCGCCAGAUGGAACGAUGAAGGGUAUGAAAGCCCGAGAGAAGCCAGUCUGCGAUCUCUCGAAUUAUAGAACCGACGUCUGCGAAAUGGACGGCGACGUUCGAGUUCAUGGGAAAUCUUCCUCUGUAGUUCUCGUGACCGAUCACCGAUCCCAGGAUCCCGGCGUCCAGUCAUCGUGGCGGAUCAAGCCUUACGCUCGCAAGUUUGACAAGGCUGCGAUGGAGCACAUCGGCGAGGUUUCAGUGAGAUCGUCGACUAGCCUCGGCGACGUCCCUCGCUGCACCGUCAAUCACAGCGUCCCCGCCAUCGUCUUCGCCAUCGGCGGCUACUCCGGGAACUACUACCAUGACUUCACCGACGUGCUGAUUCCCCUGUUCAUAACGUCGCGACAGUUCGACGGAGAAGUGCAGUUCCUCAUCGCGACGCAAAAGUUCUGGUGGAUCGGCAAGUACAAACCGGUCCUGAGGCAGCUGUCGCGCCACGAGAUCAUCUUCUUGGACGACGACGAUCAGGUCCGUUGCUUCCGGCACGUUGUGGUCGGUCUGCACAGCCACAAGCCCAUGUCCAUCGACCCCGCGAGAGCUCCCAACGGGUACUCCAUGGUGGACUUCACCAAGCUCAUGAGGUCCGCCUACUCGCUGGAGAGGGACUCCCCGAUCAGGCUGGGGGAGAGCCCGACCGCGAAGCCGAGGCUGCUGCUGAUAUCGAGGAACGGGACACGGAGAUUCGUCAACUUCGAGGAGAUCGUGCGGGCGGCCGAGAAGCUGGACUACGAGGUGGUGGUGGCGGAGGCAGGAACGCGGACUAAUGUGGCCAGCUUCACCUGGGUGGUGAACUCCUGCGACGUGAUGGUGGGCGUGCACGGCGCCGGGCUCACCAACUUCGUCUUCCUGCCCACCAACGCCGUCAUCAUCCAGAUCGUCCCCUACGGCAACCUGCAGAACAUCUCGCGGUCCUGCUUCAAGGACUCCACCGAGGAUGCGCAGCUGCACUACCUGGAAUACUGCAUCGGCGUGGAGGAGAGCAGUCUGACAGAGCAGUACCCGAGAGACCACCCGGUGUUCAGAGACCCCAAGUCCAUCCACAGGCUGGGAUGGAAGAAGAUGGCGGACGUGUACUUGGAUCACCAGGAUGUGAAGCUGGACAUGGAGAGGUUUGAGCCACUUCUGCUUAAAGCUCGACAUCUCCUCCAUCAUCGGCAUCGUCAUCAUCACCAGCGACAGUAGCAUGUCAGAGGCAUCGUUGGAUUUCUUUUCCGUCCCUCUUUUGGAUUAAAUUAUACUGAUAAAAUGAUAAAUUAUAUUACGAUGAAGGAGAUGGAAAGAUUAUUUAGGUGGUAGGUAGGCAGGCAUCCAGCUGCGAAGUGGGGUCAACGCUGACGCGACCAUCGAAUGGUCCAGUCAGUGAAUGAGGUCGACUACAAUAAAAUGCUUUCAUGAAUCAACCUACUGAAUUCA